ACAAGCCGUAAAAACCAUAUAUAACUUAUUAUAGCCUAAAUUAUAACUAAUAACAUAAUAAAACUGUGCCAGCAUUUUAAAAUAUUUAAUCAAAAUGAUUUUGCGAGAAUUAAUUUUAAAUAUAUCAAUAGUGCUACUUUGUGUUCUUAGUGUAUCAUCUGAAAUUACCAUGAAUAAUACUAAAACUUAUAUUGAAGUUAUAAACAGUUUGAGUAACUAUCCUGAAACAUUCCUAGGUGGAUUUAAAGAUGCUGAUAUCUCUCUAAAUUGCAAGAAAGCGUUAAGGUAUUAUAAGACUGGAUUAGUAAACCAAGAAGAAUGGGCUAUACAAAUGUUAGAUGCCAUGUCGAAGUUGCAGUCCGGUAUCCUUGAAGGCAACUUGUAUAAUUUGGGUGCUUAUGAUGAAUGUCAGUCAAUACGAGAUGUUAAGGUCCACAUACAACCUAAAGACAAGAAUAUUGGUGAAUCAAUGACUCUUAUUAAUGGGAAAUAUUGUUUAGGAUCAAUACAACUUGGCAGGCUUGGUUUUUAUUGGGCAAUGUGCGCGCCUGAUGCAUGUUCCGCAGAUGAUUUAAAUAAAAUAAUACAGGUAAUUAAAGUACCAAUUGUAUUCACUGAAGACAGGUGUCACGAUCCAAGCCAAGAUCCAGAAAUUACCGAUGGAGAUAUAGCUGUUAUCACGUGUUUUGGCAUAAUAUUAGCAAUAAUGGCCACAUCAUCAGUAUACGACGUGUUUCUACGAUAUUUUGAAAAAAAAACGGUGCAUCCAUUAUUAUUAGCGUUUUCUGUGGUAACUAAUGGAGAAAAACUCUUUGCAACAAAAGAACCAGGCACUGCUGGUGAUCAAUUGGAAUGUCUUUCUGGUAUUCGUUCCUUCAGCAUGAUGUGGGUCGUGCUUGGUCACAUCUUUAGUAAUACGUCAACAAUUGGAGCAACAAAUAUGAUAAAAUUACUUGAGUUUAUGACCGAUGGUUGGACAAUGUACAUUCGUGGUGCCACGGUAGCUGUUGAUUCCUUUUUUCUAAUGGGUGGUGUUGUAAUGAUUUACGUUUAUCUCAAAUCAACGAAAAACAAACAAACUUUCAAUGUCUUUCUUUACUAUUUGCAUCGAUAUCUACGUUUAACACCCGCUCUAGCUGCAGUUCUUGCUGUGCAUCUCACUAUUCUAAAACAUUUUGGUUCUGGUCCUUUUUGGAACUUUAUAGAAGCAUAUGGCGUCGUCAACUGUAGAAAAUAUUGGUAUGGCGUCCUAUUCUAUAUUCAGAAUUAUACAAAUGCUUAUGAAAUGUGUAUUGGGCAUACUUGGUACCUCUCCGUCGAUACGCAAUUAUUCGUCUUAUCGCCACUCAUUCUGUUUCCCAUAAAACGAUGGCCCAAGUUAACACUUGCUGCUGUCCUCAUCUUGACAUUAGCAUCCAUCUCAAGCUCCUUUGCCUUAGCAUGGGUAUAUGAACUAAUUGAUGGCAAUUCUUUAACUGCGACUCCCCAACAAACUGAAGAUCAUUCCAGAUUGUAUUACACUGCAACAUAUUCUCGUGCUGCCCCUGGUUAAUCGGCAUUAUUGCUGGCUAUUUUAUUUAUCAAAUAAAAAUUGUUAAGAAAGAUCAACCAUUUAAAAUGAACAGAUUAUUAAAUAUUUUCUUAUGGAUUGGUUCGAUAGCUGUGAUGAUAACAUGUGUAUACGUUGAUAAAAGUCAAGAUGAAUACGAUCGUCUUGCUUGGUCGUCUUACAUUGCUUUCAUUCGUCCUGCAUGGGCAAUUGGGCUUUCUUGGAUUAUAUUUGCUUGUGUUACAGGAUAUGGGGGUCCUGUAAAUGCUCUUUUAUCAGCUAGAAUAUUUCAAGUUCUGGGUCGUCUCACAUAUACAAUGUAUUUAACACACUACACUGUACUCUUUUCAUUGUUCCUAUCUCACAAACAUGCGGUACAGUUUUCCAACACACGAGUAAUGUAUGAGUUCUGGUCAAUUUUGCUGUUGUUUUUGUUGUCGCCGUUGUUUGGACAUUGGCAUUUGAAUCACCUAUAUUAAUUAUUGAGAAAUAUAUUUUCGGCGGUGGAAAUAAAAAGAAACCGGGUGUUGCAUCACCAAGCAAACCUAUUGAUAAAGAUUCAAGUAUUAACUAUAUUGGUAGUCCACAAAAUGAAGAAAAUAAAAGUGUGGAAAGUGGUUUGCAUCGUCGGACUAAGGGAUUGGAAAAUUAUUAAAUGGACGUUGAUGAUUCUGGUUAUGGUUUAUGCUAUCGUGGUUUUAUAAAUAAAAUUAAGAAAACGUUGUAAAUACUAA